AAAGGGCAUUAGAUUAUGAACCAGUUUGGCCCCUCAGCCCCAGUCAACCUGUCCAGUUUCUCAUCAUUAAAACCGGAACCAGCUAGCACCCCUCCACAAGGCUCCAUGGCCAAUAGCCCUACAGCGGUAAAGAUCCCAGGUGCUACUGGGACGGUAGAGUGUCUCAGCCCUGAAAACAAUCAGGUAUUGACCAAGAAGAAGUUACAAGACUUAGUAAGAGAAGUGGAUCCUGAUGAGCAAUCGGAUGAAGAUGUGGAGGAGAUGCUACUGCAGAUUGCUGAUGAUUUUAUCGAGAACGUGGUGACAGCAGCCUACCAGCUUGCUCGGCAUCGCAAGUCCAGCACCCUGGAGGUGAAAGAUGUCCAGCUGCAUCUAGAACGCCAGUGGAACAUGUGGAUCCCAGGGUUUGGCUCUGAAGAAAUCCGACCCUACAAAAAAGCUUGCACCACAGAAGCUCACAGAGAAUGCCAUUGAUCUGGAAAACAACCAAGAAAUAACACACGGAAAGGUCAGGGAAUGGACAACAAUGUAUUUGGAGAUACUUGAGCUGAGACCUCAGUUAUCUCAUCCUUGGAUUUUUUUUUUAAUGCUUUACAG